AUGAGUUCGGCUUCAUCUACAGGUGCGCGGGAAGCUUCGAACGCGAGGGAAUCCCUCGAGCCGCCUCCAACGACCGCCCAAACCCGACCGCAAGCUUGCGAGAGAUGCUGGAAGAGAAAGCAAAAGUGUGAUCGCCGUCUGCCGGCAUGCAACUCAUGUAGCGUGCUAGGGGUAGAAUGCAUCCCACGAAAUCAAGAUUUCAACACCAUAUCCGAGCUCUCGCAUACUUCUGUUGUUGGCUACGUAGCAUCAUUGAAGAGGCGGGUUGCUGAUCUUGAAGAAGAAUCUUUUUCGAGAAAACGCUCGCGCACAUACAGUUGUCGAGCUGAUUCAACUCUGGACCAGUCUUCUGAUCAUGAUAAUAGCGCAAGAUCUCGGGAUGCUGCAUCGGUCCUGUCGAGUCAGGCCAUGCAUCCUGCUGGCAGCAAUGGACAUGACAACGACGAUUCAUCAGUGAGGGCCACUAUGGGAGCAAUCGGCUUCUUAUCACGCAGCGCUAUGGCCGAACCUCGAGAUAAUUCGGAUGAUCUACCAAGAAAGUUCUCUUUGGCCGAAGUGAUCUCCGGGGCGCUGGCUAUCGAUGGGCGCGACCCGUCCAUGGCUAUUCCAGCACCCCAAUCGCCUGGUAUUACCAACCACCUCGCUUCCGUGAGCCAAGUUUCAACGCUUGAACAUGUUCGGAAGUUUCUCGAAUGGUCCGCCCUGUUGCCCUAUCUUGACGAGGACAUAUUUCUCCGGCAAUGCCUUCAUUCUACGGCAAUCAAAGAGUUACCCUCCGUCCUGCGUACGGAAAUGGCCCUCGAGCACAUACACUGCAUGAUAAUGCUUCUUAUCUACUCUUUGUUCAACUCCUCUGGUGGUUCUGCCUGGCAUCUUCUGGGUCUGGCAGUGAAGACGUGCAUCUCCCUUGGCCUUCACCGGGAGCCAGAUGCCCACUCCAACUUGACGAUAUCAGAGGCCACCAGACGGCGAUGGCUAUUCUGGACUGUUUACUACUUUGACCGGAUGAUUAGUCUUGUGAUGGACCGCCCCGUUAGUAUUCAGGAUGACGACAUCUCAGUUCGGCUCCCAAUUGAAGAUGCCCAUGUGCCCGGAUCAGCGGAUAUAUCGUCUAAGAGGAAGAAAGGACGAUGUUCUGCUCACUUAUAG